AUGUUGAAUUUCGUAUUUCCUUUGCUUAUUUUAGGAGCUGAGAAGCCAAAAAAGGUAUGGUAUGCACCUAAUAAGAUGGAAGCAUAUGGAAAUGAAGAAAUUGAAGCAGUAACAAGAUGCUUGCAAGAUGGCUGGUUGGCUCCUGGCCCAAGAACAGCACAAUUCGAAGAAAGAGUAUCUAAGUACUUUGGAAAGAAGUUUGGUUUAUUUGUUAACAGUGGAUCCUCUGCAAAUCUUCUUGCAGUUAUUUGUGCAGGGAUUGGGCCAGGUGUUGAAGUUAUUACACCUGCCUGCACAUUCUCAACAACAGUUGCACCACUUGUUCAGGUAGGAGCAACUGUCAGAUUUUGUGAUGUUUCACCAAAUAAAUAUGUUCCGACAAUUGAUCAAAUUACAGCAGAAAUUACACCAAAAACCAAAGUUAUAAUGAUACCGAACCUCCUUGGCAAUAAAAUUGAUUGGAAAUUACUUAAAAAUACCCUCAAAGAAAUGAAACGUGAAGAUAUCUUACUUAUCGAAGAUUCUUGUGAUACCAUGACACACACAAUAGAGUCAGACAUCUCAACUGUAUCCUUCUACGCCUCUCAUAUCAUUACAGCUGGAGGAACAGGUGGAAUGGUGAUGUUCAACAACGAAUCUAUGUACAAGAGAGCAUGCAGCAUCAGAGAUUGGGGAAGGGCAGGUGAUAAUGACGAAGCUGUUGCAGGAAGAUUCAAUCAUGGCUGA